UUAGCUAGCUCCAGCGGGAAUGGAAAAUGGAGGACUGACCGAACAGCGAGGGCAAAUCAUCGGUAUUUCUAGCGUGUAGGCAGACCCUUUCACCUUGUACUAAGACCGAUGAUUACUGGUGCGAGGCCUUUGUUUUGUUUGAAGAACAACUCUUAAGUCAUCGCUGCUGAACCACAGACAUUCUGUUUGAAAGUAGUGAUUGACUCCAUCAUCUAUGGAGGAGAAUGUGAGCCCUGAGCUCUCUCUAGCUCCUGAGCCAGAGCAGAGCCAGGACUGCAUGGAUAGCUGCUCUCAAGGUUCUGGAGAAGCGGAUACAGAGCAGAAAGAAGAUUUUCAAACUGAAAGCGAGAAUGUGGCUAAAGAGACACUAGAGGAGCCAGAUAAAUCUUCAAGGGCUUACAGUGAAGUGAAAAAGACUUGGGCCUUCAGACGGUCCACUGUUGCAAAGAGAGAGAUGCCAGUGGAGGCAGCGACCGACGGUUCUGAUAACCGCUUUCCUGUGCGUCGUAGUGGCAGGCAGUCUAAGCGUACUGACAAACUAGAGGAAUUCCUCUUGACUGCCAAAAGAGGGUUAAGAAAGAGCGCCCCGCCAAGUGUGGAAAGUGGUGAUCCUCCUUCUCAAACCCCAACUGAUGCAGAGACUGCCUCAGAGGCCAGCUUUGAUGGUAACGCCGACUCCAAGGCUGUAGAGGACAAGGAAGAGUCCCCAGAGAGGAGGACGAGAAGUGGAGUGAGGAAGCUGACUGGAAGGAGAGGUCGAGGCGGCAGACUGACUCGAGGACGCGGUGGAGUGACGGUCAAAGAUGAGGGAAGCUCCGAGAAUGAGGAGGACACCGAAGAUGCUGCCAAGAAGGACCAGGUACCAGAUAAAGAGGAGGAGAAAAAAGAUGGAAAGAGUGACCCCAGUCCUAAAGAUGUAGCAAGCAGUAAUACAGCGCAGCCUCAGCCAGAGCAGAACUCUGAGAACAAAGAGGCUGUCGAGGAGAAAAACCAGCACAGAGAUGAAAAUGUCAAAGCAGAAAAGGAGACUCUGAAAGACAGCGACGAGGACAGCACAGACAAGCCCGCCGGAAUAACAGUAAAACGUGGACCAAUGAGAACAUACAUCAACAAAAAGAGGGCAGCCAGCAAGAACACUACGCUCGGUAAAGGUUCGGCUCCCGCCAACAAGACCUCCACUACUAACAAGAGGGAGACCAAGCCUAAAAGUGCCCAAGCUGCCGGAAUAACUCGCAUGGCCCAGACGCCAGGGGGCGAUGAUGAUGAGAAUGACUCUUCAACAUCUUCAUCGUCUUCAUCAUCAUCCCUUGAUUCUGACGAUGGAGGUUACGACCCCAACGCACUUUACUGCAUCUGUCGGCAGAAACACAACAAAAGGUUCAUGAUCUGCUGUGACCGCUGCGAGGAGUGGUUCCAUGGAGACUGUGUGGGCAUCACUGAGGCCCGUGGGCGCCUGAUGGAGAGAAAUGGGGAAGACUACAUCUGCCCCAAUUGCACCGCUAAGAAAAACCAGGUGGUCAGACCCGCCACAUCUAGCCUCUCUACAAGUCCAGAUAUCGGAAAGCCCAGAGCUCCGACCUCUGCUGCCCCUGUUUCUGCUGUGACUUCUGUUGAGAAAAUGAAUGCCAGCGGGGCAGACGCCAGUGUGUCUGCUGUUCAGGCUGUGGCAACGCCGGCAUCUUCUACCACUGGGACUGCAGGAGAGGACCAGGGCAUCAAAGGCAGGAUCGAGAAAGCUACUAAUCCAACAGGGAAGAAGAAGAUAAAGAUCUUUCAGCCGGCCUUACAGCAGCCAGCCCAAACCCAAGCCAACCAGAAAUCAACGCCAACUGUGGCAAAGAAGGCAGCACCCACAUCAGAGCAGAAAGCACUACCAGACACGGACCAGAAAGUGGCGUCAAACGUGGAGGUGAAUACAACAGUGGAGGUGCCAGUGGUCGGGCAGAAAGCUGAGGAGGACUCCUCCCUUCCCAAAUGUAUCGGGCCUGGCUGUGAGAAUAAUGCCCAGCAAGACUCUGUGUACUGUGGCAAUGACUGUAUCCUGAGACAUGCUGCUGCGGCCAUGAAGUCCAUCACUGAUGUCAAAGAUCCCAAGCAGAAGGACAAGCCCAAGGGUCAGAAAACCAAGCCUACACCAAAGAAGAGCAGUGCUGGUGGGAAGAGGACGCAGAAGAAGACUCCGGAGGAGUCGGACAGCGAGGAAGACGACAACACUGACCCAGAUGAGGACGAUGAGGAUGAGCAUGCUGAGGAACACCCACCCCCGCCGGCCACUGCAUCCUGGUCCAGCGAUCAUAAUUACAUUGCAGUAACACCAGAAAAGACUACACCCAUAUCACCAACAGUGUUAAACAAAAAGUCCCCCUCCAAAGAAGAGAAGCAGAGUGAGAAGGACCAGAAAGAGAAGGAACCAGCGCCAACUCCAGAGAAAAUCCCUCCAGCAUCCACAACACCAGUCAAAGGAAAAAAGACAUCCCCGCCUACUAAAGCCACCAAGGUUUCCAAAAGAGGCAGAAAGCCUGGUCCUCAGACCUCCAGCUCAAAGGCAUCCAAGAAUGCCAUUACACCUCAGAGUAAAACUGCAGCAAAGUCCAAGAAACCAGUUCCAAAGCCCACCCCCACCCCAUCGCCCUUUCCUCCAGGUCCGAUCCAUGUCACCGGAGCACUCCGAGUCACCAAGUCCAACUUUACCAUUCCUAAGAAGCAACCGCCACCAAAGGAUGCACCAUCCCAAAAUAAGUCACCCCAAUCCUCCAGAGUCCCAUCAUCUCCAGUUUCUUCAGCUCCACCCAGCCACUCCUCAUCCUCCAGACCUCCACAUCCAGCAGCUUCAGCGCCUCCUGUGUCCCCCGUGCCACCACCGAUCAACAACCAGAUGAGAACAAACAUCCGCCGCUCGCUAACAGACAUCAUUUACAAGAGGGUGUGUGACAGUGAUGAUCUGAAGAUGACUGAGGUUCAGGUGGCGAGGUUGUCAGUUGCCAUUGAAAAGGAAAUGUUCAACCUCUGCCUUCACACUGACAGCAAGUACAAGAACAAGUACAGGUCCCUCAUGUUCAACCUGAAAGAUCCAAAAAACAAAGGAUUGUUCUACAGGGUGGUGAGCGGUGAGGUUGGUCCCUUCAGACUGGUGAGACUAAGUACUGAAGAAUUGCAGUCCAAAGAGAUAUCUGAAUGGAAAAAGGCCGAUGCUCCUGAGGCCCAGUCUCCCAGUGCAAAGGCCCAUUUGGGGCAUCCCAGACUGGGCAACAGGCAUGACUCAAGCUCACACAGCAUGGAUAUGGAGGAUGCUCCGCCAACAUCUGAUGGAGAUGUAUGUAUCUCUGCCACCACUUCAUCUGCUCGCAUGGCUUCUGCUGCAGACCAAGAUGAGUCUUGCUCCACUCCUUCAUCGUCGACUCAGCCCUCUGCUGCAGAGGGGAACAGCGGCAGCGGCAUGCUAGACACUUUCAGUAACAUGCUCAAAGACACCACAGCUGAACAUAGGACUCAUCUCUUUGACCUCAACUGUAAAAUAUGCACAGGUCAGAAGACAGAAGAUGAGCCGGCAGCAAAGAAAGCCAAACUGACCAAGAAACCUGAAACGAGGCUUCAAAGACAAGACCUGCAGCAGCACCAAGACCCCAUGGCCUCACAACACCCGAUCCCUCCAUCCCACCAGUUAAACUUGGAGCCAGCUGUCCUAGAAUCACAACCACAGCUGGACCUCAAUAUGCUGGCACCUCCAGCUCAGACACCAGCACCCAUCACUCCCACCGUGUCCUCUGUCAGCAAUAUCCGCAGAGACCCCCGCAUGGCCAGGCACAGCUCCGGUGUGACUGUCACCUACACUACCCCAGAAAAACCCGCAAACAACUCAUCAGAACCACUUCCAGCUUCAGUUAGCGCUCCAAUGGAGGUUGUACCCAAGGCCGCGCUGCCAAUGCCCCCACCUCCACCAUCUUCAGUAGUUGCUUCCAAACCAGCGAAAACAAGUUCAUCCGAUCCUCCUCUUGAGGGUGAGACGGCCAUCUUCCUCCAUGGUCAAGAGAAGAUUUGGAAAGGAUUAAUCAACAUGCAGUCUGUGGCCAAGUUUGUGACCAAGGCUUUUCUGGUGUCAGGAUCCUUUGAACACCUGAAGGAGGAUUUGCCAGACACCAUUCACAUCGGAGGGCGGAUAUCUCCAAACACAGUGUGGGACUAUGUUGGGAAACUGAAAACCUCUCUCUCAAAGGAACUGUGCUUGAUCCGUUUCCACCCAGCAACAGAGGAAGAGGAGGUGGCAUACGUCUCGCUCUUCUGUUACUUUAGCAGCAGGAAACGAUUUGGCGUGGUGGCUAACAACAAUCGUCGUAUCAAAGACCUAUAUCUCAUCCCACUGGGCUCAAAGGACCCGUUACCCUCCAAACUCCUACCGUUUGAUGGGCCAGGACUUGAACCUGCUCGUCCCAACCUCCUCUUGGGGCUGCUGAUCUGCCAGAAGGACAAAAAGCGCGCUGGUGCUCCGUUGGAAACUGAGGAAAAACGGUCCAAGAUUCAAACCAAAGAUACUGAUGACAUUGGCCUUCCAAAGCUAUCUCCUUUAGUCAGAACUGAAAGAAGCUCACGACAGAGUCUUGAAAUCCCCCUCAGUACAACUCCUCCUGGUUCUCCUCCACCCAGCUCCUCUGAAACCUCAAGCAGCACUGUGGCCCCCUCCUCAGUCCUGUCCCUCGUGUCCUCUGCCAAAGCCACAGCCACAUCCACUACCACCGGCAAGGAGUCCCCAUCCUCAUCCAGCUCUGUUGCCUCCUCUGCAGCAACUGCCACUCCUCUUCAGACCAUCCUCAACACUCUCUUUGGGAAGAAAAAGCAUGAUUCAGAAAAUUCCAACUCUCCGUCUGAUCAGACUAUGGAACACUCCCUCCCAUCCACUACAAUGCUGGACCCCAUUGUGCAACGGUUUGCACAGAUAUCCAAGGAGAAACAGGUGGAGGAGGACGAAGAUGAUCGACCGUAUGAUCCAGAAGAAGAGUAUGACCCCAGUAGGGGCUACAAUGUGCCUAAGAAGCCUGUUGAAUUAGUAAGCAAACCUGAAAUCUCCAAGCAGCCUGAGAUGGUUGCAAAUGAAUCUGAUGAUGUGGCUUAUGACCCAGAGGAUGACUCAAUUUUUGAUGAUGUCAAACCUGUAGUAUCAAGUCAAGCUAAGGUUGCAAUUGAACCUGUAACUGGUCCUCAAAAGAUCUUGGAGAGCCUUAAACAGAUUGGGGAUCAACAAAUGUCAUCUGCAGGAACACCUGUUGCCUCAUCCACACUUCCAGACUCACUCUUAACUCAACCUACCAAAUCCCUUUUGGCAAAUACUCAGCUACUGCAGCUUGGCAAAAAAGUUGAGGAACUAGUGAAGACAUCAUCAGUUGCUCCCUUAAUCAACCAGAAGAGAGAUCCUCGACAGAGCAGGGAUCCUCGCCAGGCUGUCGCUGACCCAAAACCAACUGAUGAACCCGAGGAGCAAGAGGAGACAUCUGCUCUCUCGGUCGAUUUUACACCUUCACAACCUGUGGCUCAGGAGUCUCAGCCGUCUAAUGUAACUGAACUCCCAGACUCCUCACAAAGCCCAGAGACAUCAGUGCCUCAUGAGGAAGUGAAAAGUGAAACGCUACCCUUCAUGGAGUCAAACGAGGCGGAGGUGGCAAUUCCAUUACUAGGAGAGGAAGUGGAACCUGAUAUGGAGGUCAACUACAUGGAUGAGAAAGAAGUGAAAACUGAGGAAGCUGAGCCAAUCAAGGCUGAAACCGAGAUGGACAAGUACAGUAUUUGGCCAAAUGCUGCCAGUAUUUUAAAAGCUAGCGAGGACUCGGAGUAUGAGGAGAACAGCCAAGAUGCACCAACUACAAGUUAUUAUGACGAGCCUGCAAACACCUCCACGGUAACUUCAACAAUUCCUGUACUCACUCAGAGCACAACAAUGGUCGACACUCCCCGAUCGCAGUCCCAUCACAUGCCGCAUCACAUGUCAGCGACAGGCUUCGACAGCGAGUACAGACCUCCAGCUGAUGUUCCCCCACCAUCCAACUUCCCCCCGCCCCAUACUAUGCAGGGACAGAAUCUGAUAAUUAGGCCUCCACCGAUGUCAAUGCCACCACCCAUGCAAGGCCUUCCUCCAAUGUCAGGUCCUCCUCCUAUGCAGGGACCACCUCCGCCCAUCCAUAUUCCCCCCCCUGUACGUGGUCCUCCCCCUUUGCAGGGUGACACUAGCCAGCAAUAUGGUCCACCCCCGACUGGAUAUCCUCCGUAUCAGAACCAGUGGCCAGGUACCCAGCCUCCACCACAGCAGCAGCAGCCUCCUCCUGGACCUCCUCCCCAGGGCAUCAUGCCACUCAGAGGACCUCCACCACCAUUCCCUCCAAUAGCCCAGAGGGGCCCUGCCCCUCAAAUGUUUGAUCCCUCCGUACCCCCACAGUACAUCAGACAGCAAGGCCUCCCUCCAGGUCUCCCCCCACCCCCUACCUUUGAUGGACAAAACAGUUUACCUCCACCAAGAUUCACUAGUCCUCCACCCCCAUUUAAUUUCCCUGCAAGCAGAGGUCCUCCUCCACCUUUCACGGGGCCACCUCCUGGUCACUUUGACAACAGACUCCCUCCUCCGUCCCACUUCCCAGGACCCAGGGGUCCUCCGCCAUCUCAGUAUGGUGACCUUGCGGCACAACCCUCACUGGGAGACCAAUCUCGUGUCUCUGCAGAAACGUAUAGUAAAGACACUUCCAACACUUUCAAGCUAAAUGUUGACCAGAAUCCAAACCCUCUACAUAUUUUUAAAGACAAUCAGGGUCCCCCACCAGGUCCAGCAUAUCGGGGACCUCCACCUAACCAGUAUGAGGACAGAAGAGGCCCACCUCCCAGUGGCGAAAUGAGUGGACAGCACUUCAGUCCACAUAGCCAGUAUGGGAGCUCCAGACUACACUCGUCACCACCACAUCGAGGAUCUUUUGAUGAGCAUCGUGGUCUGCCCCCUCAGGAGAGCAGACCCCACCCUUCUCAGCGUUUUGGAGGAUCAGAGCGUUACCUCUUAGAUAGACACUCUGAUGAGGCGAGACCUGUUCGCCACAGCGGGCCACUUCUGCCAACUCCUUCAGAGGCUCCCAUAGGCGCUCCAAGUCGCCUGGGUGCCCACAGCCCAGAUUUGCACCGGGACGACCCCUGGCGCCGCCAUUCUCCUGAAAUGAGGAGGAGGAGCACCACCACCCGAGAGGACUCAGAGCCCCGCAUCGGAGAACGCCUGAGUCGCUUUGAAGUCGGGCACAGAGAACCUGCUCUUGGUCCAGCACAACCCUCUGAAGAAAGACAGAGGGAGCUGUCUGAGGACCGUCGGAGGGAAAGAGAGCGGGAUGUUUCCCACGCUGGCAGGCUGUCAUGGGACAGGAGUCAGGGCAAGCGGUGGAGCAGAGAGCGAGAGUGGGAUAGAGCCAGAGAAAAGGACCACGACCGGGAGCGUAGCAGAGAAAGAGAUCCGGAACGUAGCCGUGAAAAAGAUCCGGAGCGUAGCCGAGAACGAGACCGAGAACCAGAGCGUAGCCGAGACCGCGAACCGGAGCGUAGCCGAGAGCGAGACCGUGAACCAGAGCGUAGCCGAGAGCGAGAUCGCGAUUCAGAGCGUACCCGAGAGCGAGAUCGCGAUGCGGAGCGGAAUCGAGAGCGAGAACGCGAUUCGGAGCGGAACCGAGAGCGAGAUCGAGAUUCAGAGCGUAGCCGAGAAAAAGACCGCGAUCCGGAGCGUAGCCGAGAAAGAGACCGCAGCAGAGGGAGGGAGGGUGAGAGGCACAGGGAGACGGAGGGAGAGCGACACAGGGAUCAAGACACAGACAAGAGAAGAGACCGGGAGAGAGACAGGGAAAGAGACAGAGCCCGGGAUUCCGACAGGAGGGACUACGACCGCGACAAAGGAAGAAACCGUGACCGUGACCGAGAGCGUGACCGUGACCGUGAUCGAGAAAGAGACAGGAGACGGGACAGAUCCAGAAGCAGGGAACGAGACCGGGACAGAGAUCGUGGGAAAGACCGGGGCAGAGAUCGAGACAGGGAGAGGGAGAGAGAUAGAGACAGGGACAAAGACCGGGAUCGUCGGGACAGGAGCAGAAGCAGAGAAAAGAGAGAAGAGAAAAAGGACAGCAAACAUGAAACAUCCAAGGAGAGUAAUAAAUCUGCAGAAAAUGAGAAGAACUCGUCCUAGUCUCUGUUUUAUGGACACUACAUUACGGUUCUGAGAGACACUUCAAUCUUUCACCGGUUGAAAUCCAGUUAAAUCACUGUAAAUGUAGAUGAGCAGUAUUUCGGUAAAUUUCCACAGUUGUGUUCGUACUAGAAAAAAAAAGUUUGACAAUGUUUGUAUUCUUUUUGUCACUUAAAGGUUUCUUACUUUGUUUUAUCACAUUUGAAAAACAAGAAACUGAAGGCCAUCUAAGUUGCUUGUGUACAAGAUGUAUUAAUAAGGCGACCGAGUCCUAUUACAUGUACCUUUCUCCUAUCCAAGCAGUCUUUUUUUAAGAAAACAAUAAUGUAACUGAGUAACACGCCACUUGCAAUAUGUAAAUAUGAAUGUAUUUGUGUAUAUACUGAUGUUUUUAAUCAUACUUUUCUAAGUAGAGAAAAUAAAAGCCAUAUAUCUGAGAUGGAUAAUGUGAAAGUUAAGGAUACACUGUUUACACACAAAUGUGUGUUUAUAUGUCCAGCAGCAUUAAACUUAGAGGCUGCAACUGUCCACAGUAAUACAUCCCAUCAAUGGCUGUUAUGAAAUGUUCUGAUUUUGUUCCAGCUCAACCAAUUAAACCUGUUUGAUGACA